UCCCUCACCUCUCGCGCUACCACCUGCAAUGGACAUUCGGAGCUUUGCGAGCGACUCUACUCCAAUGUCACCUACAUUGGUGCCCACAACUCCUACGGCAUCGCCCAGGGAACGUCCAACAGCUUCGCCAACCAAGCGCAGCCCAUCACCACGCAGCUCAACGAUGGUAUUCGCCUCCUUCAAGCUCAGGCGCAUAAGAGCUCCAACGAGUCCGCUAUGGGUGCAGGCAUUGACUUGUGCCACACUAAUUGCCAACUCUUCCAGGGAGGAGCCCUUGAGUACUGGCUGGGUCAGAUCAAGACCUGGGUCGACUCGAACCCCAACGAGGUCUUGUCGCUUCUCAUUGUAAAUUCAGACGACCUCCCUGCCUCGACGUAUGCUCAAGCUUUCGAGUCUACAGGGCUGAUCAACAAGAUGUACGCGCCUACCUCGCCCUCCUCUUCCGGCGGGGUAAGCAAGUCCUCCUGGCCCACUCUGGGCUCUAUGAUCGACUCGGGCAAGACAGUCGUCGCAUACCUAGACAAUGGCGCCGACGUCUCGUCCGUCCCCUACCUUCUGCCAGAAUUCAGCAAUAUGUGGGAGAAUCCCUACGACCAGACGAGUGUGCCCUUCAACUGCUCGAUCGAUCGCUCAGGCAACGGAGAGGACACAUCGAACCAGAUGUACCUCAUCAACCAUAACCUCGACAGCGAACUCUUAGGCGGGCUGGGCACCUAUCCCAACGUUGGGGCGCUGUACUCUACGAACAGCAAGGCGAGCGUGCUCCAAGACGCAGACAAUUGCGCCUCGAUGCAUCAGAGCGCCUACCCGACCUUCGUCCUCGUCGACUAUUACGACCGACCAAGGAAUGACGUCUUCGCCGCCGCCGCUAGCAUGAAUGGGGUCAGCUUCUCCAACUCGAGCGCCUCGGGCUCAAGCUCCUCUUCAUCGAGCAGCGGAAGUAAUGGGAGCUCUUCG